UGUUCAUACCUAAGGAUAUAUAAGGUCCAUCAUCGCGAUUUGUUACUGUCGCCUGCAAUGUGACAUGCUGGCCGCCAUUAUUGUGCCACUUGACGUCACCCCAUCUCGCCCCCAAUGACUGAUUCCUCAACCUCAUCCUCAUUCUCGCCUCAAAGCACGCGGCAGACGAAAACACAGACAGACACAACCAUAGCCCGUGGUGGCUCACCCCCUCGCCAUGGCACCGCCCCCCGUCGACUCCGCCAUCCUCAAGGCCCUCAACCUCGACGCAGCGCACACCACCAUUGCCACGCACGGUGGCUCGGGCUUCGCCUCCACCUUUAAGCUGUCGACGACGGUUGGUGAUGGCCAGCAGAGGCACUACUUUGUCAAGACGGGCACCGGCAAGGAUGCCGAGCUCAUGUUCCGUGGCGAGCACACCUCGCUCAACGCCAUACACGACACUGUCCCCAACUUCUGUCCCAAAUCGUACGCCCACGGCGCCCUGUCUAAUCGCUCGGGAGGCUUCUUUCUUGCCACCGACUUCCUUGACCUGGGGUCCUCGUCGGCCGGUGGUAGUAGUGGUGACCGCGGCUCGGGUCUCUCCCUCGCCGCCAAGCUCGCGAGGCUGCACACAACGCCCGCCCCCGUGCCCGACGGUUUAGACGCGCCCAUGUUCGGCUUCCCCGUGCGGACCUGCUGCGGCGAGACGGCGCAGGACAACGGCUGGCGCGCCUCAUGGGCCGACUUCUACGCCGACAACCGGCUGCGUGCCAUCCUGCGCGCCGCCCUUCGCAAUCAGGGGGGCGGGUCCGACGCCGCCCUCGAAGACGCCGUCGAGGCCGUCGCCGCGCGCGUCGUGCCGCGGCUCCUCGGCGGCGACCGCCUGCGCCCGGCCCCGGUGCCCGUCGUCGUGCACGGCGACCUCUGGAGCGGGAACCACGGCCGUGGGCGCAUCGGGGGGUCCUCGGCGGGCGGUGGCGUCGAGGAGGUCGUGUUUGACCCUUCGGCCGUCUACGGCCACGCCGAGUACGAGCUUGGAAUCAUGCGCAUGUUUGGCGGCUUCGGGGCCGCCUUCUGGAGCGAGUACAACGAUCUCGUGCCCAAGGCGGAGCCCAGGAACGAGUGGGAAGACCGCCUCGCGCUGUACGAGCUAUACCAUCACCUAAACCACUUUGCCAUGUUCGGUGGCGGCUACCGUGGCGGCGCCAUGUCCAUUAUGCGCAAGCUCAUUGCCAAGUACGGCGACAGCUGAUGCUAGAUACCUCGGACCCAAGAUGGCGGGUAAUCGGAUCAUAAUAGUCAAAGGAAUAGUAAAAGAUUCAAAGGAUAAAUACUAAACGCCGUGUGUAUCGAG